CCCGCUGUCGCGGCCCGCGCUUAUUAGCCGGCGUCCUUCCUCUUCGCUUCCGCAUUGCUCCUGCUUUCGCGUCUUCGUUUACGAUUCCGUUGAGCUCCGCCCCUCCCAGAGAGGCCUCCGUAGCGCAGACACUUGGCGCUCAGGACUUCAGUGACGUCAUCUUUCUGCGGCGCGCGGACACCCGCAGGUGGAAGAAGAAACAGCUUCGCCACCCUUCGCUUCUUUUGCGGGGCUGCUGCUUCUUCGGCAUUAUGGCGCCAUCGCUUUGGAAGGGGCUCGUAGGCAUCGGUCUCUUUGCCCUAGCCCACGCCGCCUUUUCCGCUGCGCAGCAUCGUUCUUAUAUGCGACUAACAGAAAAGGAAGAUGAAUCACUGCCAAUAGAUAUAGUUCUUCAGACACUUCUGGCCUUUGCAGUUACCUGUUACGGCAUAGUUCAUAUUGCAGGGGAGUUUAAAGACAUGGAUGCUACUUCAGAACUGAAAAAUAAGACAUUUGAUACGUUAAGAAAUCACCCAUCCUUUUACGUAUUUAAUCAUCGUGGUCGAGUACUGUUCCGGUCUUCGGAUACAGCAAAUUCUUCAAAUCAAGAUGCAUUGUCCUCUAACACAUCAUUGAAGUUACGAAAACUUGAAUCGCUGCGUCGUUAAGAUUUUUACAAAUUAUGAUAAAUAGGACAGGACACAGAGCUGAAAUAUCGGAGUUUGGGGUAUAAAACACUCCUUCCCCACCCCAUUAGUAUUUAUAUUGAUUUUUCAGACCUACUUUAGGAAAAAUCAUGUCCCUUGUUUAUAUACUGUUAAUUCAAUCAUUAAUGCAGUAUAAGUUAUAUGUGAAAUGGGUCUUUGGUAUUUCAUAUAGGGAAUUUUUUUUUCAUUUAAAACAAAUCCACAUGUUUUGUAAAAGCCACUGUUUUGAACACAUUUCCUUGAAAACUAUUGGUGUUUUUUGUGAUUAUUUAUUUUCUUAGAUGUCUUUUCUUUUGCACUACAAUGUUUGGAAUCCUCUUGGAAAUACUCUGUGACUACUGCAUUUUGCAGCACAAAUAAUGGUAAAAUGGCCUUCAGUUCUUAACAAAUGGACUUCCCUAAUGAGACCAAAAUGGUGAUUUAACAGUUUUUCUUGUGUCCCCUAAAAAGUGGCUGUGCUUCAGAAGUACUUGCCAGUUUUUAAUUUAUGUGUGACUUUUACCCCACCCUGCUCCCAUAUGCCUUCUACCAUUGGCUGUCUUGUUUCAUAACUUCUCUGAGGUUAUGUGUAUAGUGGGCAAUGUGUGUGUCAGAAAUUCUUUGUCAGAACAAAUAUAUUUAACAAGCUCAACUUGCUGUAAAGCUACUUGUGUUCUCCUUUGUCUGUAAAAAUUUCCCUAAUUGGUUAUAUAGUGUAAGAGUAGUUGAAGACUAGUUGAAGACCUUUUGUGAUUUCAUUAUCUUGCCUAUGUAGAAGAAAAAUCAUUGAGGAAAAUUGUCAUUAGCCGGUUUAACUGAUUUAAAAUCUGUUUAUUUCAUACUAAACUAGUGAAUAAGCGAAAUAAAGGAAACUUGCCAUUAAUCUAAAGACAGACUUCAAAGGAAUUUGGGCCAAAUAUAUUCUCAAUAUUUGGACUAAUGUUUUGAGAAAAAUCCGGUCAUUUAAGAAAUUGUUUUGUAGUUUCUGAUUUAUAGCAGGCUUCGAGUUUUCCAUCUUCACUAUAUGGUGCUGAAAGUGAGGAUGAGGAUACAGAGUUGAUAUUUUUAGAAACAGUAAUUUUACUUUCAAGGAAAUUGGCUAGCUCUUGGAGCUAGAGAGCAGUAGGAAGCUCAACAUUUCUUUGUAGAGAACAUUGCUUUUGUUGAAUUGUAUAGGUGUAAAGGGAAUAACUGUAUGCGGGUUUUAAAAGGAAAUGUGCUUUAAGCACAAGUCAUAAGAUGCCAUUGUACUUGUAGACAUUUUUUUUUCUACUAGAAAUGAGCCUCAGCUCUUCUCUUCUGACUAGUAACACAUAGCCCCAAAGCAUGAGGUUAUUUUUUCGUUGGGUUUUUAUUCUUGUUGUUUAGUUUUGGUUUGUUAUGCCAAGCCAGUCUGUUGAGCACUGAUUCUGCUCUUUAAUGGGAACAAAGUUAGAUAUCUGAUAACCUAAAAUAAUUUAGAAACGAAUUAAAAUGUGAAAUCGGGUUAAAGUGAUAAUAACUGAAAACAGCAUGCAAGAAACAAGCUCGUUCCAUCAGACUUGGCUACUGUUUCCUCAGGUAUGAUUUGGUUUGGAAGAGCCUCUUGUUUCCUUCUCUUUGGGGGCUGUCUUCCUUUCUUAAUAUGUUUCUAACAUUAUUGAGAUGAAAUUCAUAUACCUUACAAUUCACCCAUUUUAAGGGUACAAUUCAGUGGUUUUUAGUGUAUUCACAAAGUUGUGUAACUGUGACCACAGUCAGUUUGAGAACAUUUUGUUACCCCAAAAAGAAACACUGCACCUUUGAGCAGUCACCUCUCAUUUUCUCCCAGUGCCCACCCCCUAGCCCCUGGCAACCACUAACCUAUUUCUCUCUCUGUAGAUUUGCCUAUUCUGGUGAUUUCAUAUAAAUGGAGUUUAUACAAUAUUUGGUCUUUUGGAACUGGCUUCCCAAAUGUGGUUUUCUAUAUGGAGUGAAUUCUCAUCUUGAGAACUGUUAUUGCUGUGAAAGGGAGUGGGUGGUAGAAAUCAAUAGAUUUCAGGCAGGAGGGCCACAUACCUAACAGGUUUUUCUCUGUGAUUCUUAUGCUAAUAGUUUUUCCUCAUAAGGAAGCAUUCAUGAUCUACUACUACGUAUAGUAUUGUGGCUAGUCUCUAGAAUGGAUGUUGAAAUCUUUGCCUGCACAGUCAGGAAGAGUCGUGCUAAAAAUCAGGCCAAGUCACUUGGCAAAUAAUUGACAAAGUAGUUUUCAGUUGUGUCUAUCUUUGCUAGCAGCUUGUAUACCUCGGGCCAGGUGAGCUCCCCGUUUCUUUUUUCAUUUACACCACUGAGUUUCUGCUGUCUUUUUCAAGUAUGUACCAUAGGACUUAAAGGUGAUUUGGAGGCAUUGUAACAUUGCUAAAUGUAUUAAGUACAGAAUUUUAUUUACAGUACUAUGAGACAGUCAAUUAUUGCCUAGGAUAGUUCAAAAAUAGGAUAAUGAGAGCUAGUUAAGCCUUCACUUGACUAAUGUUCAGAGGUGUGUACCAGUCAAGGCUCUUUAAAAUGUAGGAAGACUCAGUAACCAGGGAACCAGCCAAAUACUGUGCAGCCGCAGAAUAUGCAUAGCAGUGAAUCUUGGAGACUAUUAUGCUCUGUAACUCUCUAAUGAUUAUUUCCUAAGCAUUGUGGCUUCUCAGUGGCUUGAGAGCAUCUUCCUGGUUGUAUGUGGCCUGUUUUCAUGAUGUUUUGAGUAAUGUUGUUUGUUGUGAGCAUCAAUGCCUGUAACACCAAGGUAAACACAUGUUUUUGGGAUAUGUUUCCUCUCUUUAAAUGACCUUGCCCUGUCCAAUAAAUAAAUGAUUGUCUCACCCGUUUUUGAUAGUGUUUUUUGGGUUCUUUUUGGUUUUUUUUGGACUUUAAAUCUCAUUUCUUCUGCUUUUCUGUCCCCAGAAAAAUGUAAGAGCUAAUUUUAUGACUGUAUUUUUCUACUGUGUUGCUGUUUUACUAAAUUCAAUGUGCAUGUAAAAUCUUACUACAAUUUUGUUUUUUAUAGUAAGAAUGUAUAAUCUCCUUGAUAUUUAUAAAUCAAAUGCCCUUUGGGGUAUAAAAAUGGGUUCUUGAGCAUCAGUGUCUAAUGAUUCUAUCACGAAUUUGUUAUAUAGCCAAACUGCCAUUAAAAAUGUCACUUUAUACUUAAUAGGAAAUCAUUGUGAUUAAAGCAUCAAGGGAGCAAAUAUAAAGUUUAGUGAAAAUGCAAGGGGACAUUCUAAAUUGCAAAACUUGGCACUUAUCUACAGUAUUUUGAAAAAUAACACCACUAAUAUUCAAACCUACCUAGGAAUAUCUCAAAAUAACCUGCUAAUCAAGUGUUCUUAGGGGAGUGGGGGCAAGAAAGCUAAUAUACGCACAUGGCAACAAGAUCAGAUGGUACAGAAAGGCAUAAAAACUUGGCCCCUUCCCUUCUACCCUAAUAUUUCUCUGCAAAAGUAACCAGUUUCAAGUGUCUUGCACGUUCUCACAGUAAAACAAUUUUUUAUUUGUCAGCAAAUAUGUACUUAAAAAAAUUUCACAUGAAUGGAAUCAGGCUAUAUUCUUCUGUACCUUGCUUUUUUUGUUACCUGUGUUUUAUAAGAUCACUCUGUGUCAGUAUAUAUAGAAAUACCUCAUUAUUUUAAAUGACUGUGUGGUAUUCUAAUGUUUGAAUGUGUUACAAACGUUCAAACAUUGAUAGGCUCUUUAGGUUGUUUCCAAUAUUUUAUUAAAUCACAUUGUGAUGAAUAUACUUGUGCAUAUAAUGAGUUUAUAUUCUACAGGGUUCCUAGCAAUGGAAUUGCUGAAUCAGAGGGUAUUUUUUAUUUUCAGUUCAGUAGUUACUGCCGAACUGUCCUCUAGGAAUCUUUGCCCAGUUUACUUCCACAUGUAAUGUAUGACAAAGAUUAUUUGCCAAACCCAUGCCAAUACUGGGUACUAAACUUUUGAAGUCUGAUUAUGUGAAAGUGAAUAAAUGGUAUCUUGCAUUUUAAUGAAGCAGAUUGAACACAUUUUCAUGUUUAUCGGUUACUGAUAUUUCAUGUGAACUCUGUAGUCAUGUUCUGUUUUCUGUUAGGUAGUAUGUUUUUUAUUGAUUUGUAUGAGUUUUCUGUAAGCUAAGAAAAUUGGUCCAUUGUCAUGUUUAAUAAUAUUUUCCUAAGUUUUAUUUAUGUAGUUAAACUUAGUCUUUACGGCUUCUGAGAUUUUGCCUUGCUUAGAAAAGCUGCCUCUGCAUUUAAGAAUAAAUGUAAUGUAUUUUUCCA